UUUUUUUCGGUUUUCGUCUUGGAAACUUUUUAUUCUUUUUUUUCUUUUUUUUAACUUUUUCUUCCCUUUUGUUCCCCAGAUUUUUUUUUUCCCUUCACUUUCCCCUUUUCCCAUUCUCCCUUUGUAAUUUUAUUAUUUCCAACAUUUCUUUUAUUGUGUGAUACAUAUAAAAAAAAAAUGUAUGCCACUUCUCCUCCUCCUCACUUACAUCCACCUUUGCCACAACACCAACAACAACUACGACAACAACAACAACAACAACAACAAGUACAACAUUAUACUGGAAUAGAUCGUAAGCAACCAUCUCAUCAUAUGAAUUCUUCACAAGAAUGGAUGCAACGAAAUAUGACUCAACAAUCUCAAGAUACUGGUAUGAAUUAUAUGGUACAACAUGGGUACCCUGUAGCACCAAGACCAAAUAAUAUGUCAGUAUCUUCUUCGUCAUUACAACAACAACAACCCAUGGUAUCAUCUACAAAUAAACAUACUGUGAACCGAGCAGUCAUACCAUCCAAACGUGCAGCUCAAAAUCGUGCAGCUCAAAAGGCAUUUAGACAACGAAGGGAUCAAUAUGUCAAAGAACUUGAAAAGAAAUCAAAAGAAAUGGAUCAAUGGAAACAAGAAAUGGAUUCUAUCAAGGAUGAAAAUCGACAAUUGAAAGCCCUAGUACAUCAACUCCAAGUCCGAAUAUCUUCUUUGACUGGUGAAUCUAUACCAUCUCCUGGAAGAAUAACUACACCACCACCAUCUACAUCAACAGCCUCUCCCUCUAUGUCAUCAUUAUCAAAAUCAUCACCAUCGCCAUCAUCAUCCAAUCCAACCAUCAUGACAUCGAAUAAUAAUGAUAUGAUAUCUCCCAUUACUUCAUCACCAAUCUCACCUAAAACUCGUUCUACCUCUCUACGGCCUUCCUCUUUAUCACCACCUCCUCUACAACAACGAAAACAACAAUCACAUCAUUAUCGUCAACCUACUUCAAAUUCUUCAGUAUCUUCUACCUCAUCUCCUCCACAUCCUGAAACGCCAUCUCAUUCCUUCUUACCGAUUCCUUUACGACCUCAUUCCUUUGUCCCAUUCAAAGAUAAUGAUAAUAUGAUGAUACCCGAUACUUCUUCCAUGACAAUGAAUACUCCAUCUUCUUCUUCUUCUUGUGCUCCUACUUGUGGUACUACUAAUGUGAUAUCUACAGAUCAUACUACUUCAAAUACUGAAACUAUAACUACUUCCGAUCGCUCCACCACAAUGAUGACUCGACAAGGAACUUGUUCUACUGUUGGCCCCUCGGAUGAUCCUGGUUCCUCGGUAGUCGUUGAUGCAAAUCAAGGAAAUAUGUUUGACCUGGACUUGGACCCAUUUUUUGAUGAUGACUUUGGAUUCCCAAGAAUGGAUGAUCAGCUGGACUUUGUCAACCAUUCUUCUAACUCCAACAGUGGUCAAGUACUGGAUGAUUUAUUUGCCAUGUUACAAACUCGACAACGACCUCAAAUUCCUUUACAACCACCUGCUUCUUCUACCCAUCAUUACGAAAUGGAUCAUCAACAACAACUGCCUUCUUCUUCCUAUUAUAUGAUGGAUCACGUUGUGACCGGUCAAUCUUCAUCCUCUUGAUAUUCAUUUAUAUAUGUAAUGUUAUGAUUAGUUAUUUAUCUAGUAUAUUCAUCUUCUUUUAUUGUGUAUUUUUUGAAGAAAUAAAAUCAUGAUGUGAUGUUUGCU